AUGUCGUUUUCUGCUUUCACCCCUGCCUCUGGUCGUUGCGACCAGCAUCAGCAACACGGAUCACUCGAAAGCCCUUGCAGAUCGGCAAUGGCAGGCCAUGAUGGAUGUCCAGCGAUGGCCGUCUCGGGCCAUGGACAUUCUGGGCUUUGGACGGGGCUUCGAAAAAGGCCUUUGGUUUCAGGCUUUGGGCUUCGGUCUCAAGGAGCCGGUCAGCCAGCUGCGAGCAUCCUGGCGACGACACCGACGUCGGACUUCCCGACACCGCUCAUGCGCCAUGUGCCGUCGGGAGAUGUUCCGAGCUUGAUUUGGCUUGGGGAGCUCGCUGCCGUCUUGAUCACCCUCGGCUUUGUGCUCGUGGCAGUGCACCUGAAGGUUUCCGAAUAUCUCGGCCAGCGUCGGAAGAUGGCAGAAAAGGCGGAAAGACUGGCGUACCCCUGGAGCAGCCUGCCCAUCUCGGAUCUCCUCCAAGUGGGCCCGAGCUUUGCCACGAACUUCCAAAGCGGGCUCAGGCAAGCCUUCACCAACAGAGGGCUAAGCCCUGUGGAGCCGGAUCAAGUGGCCUUGGCCUCCUUCCUCAUCCCGGCCGAGGCUGCAGGGACCCGACAGCCCAGAGCCGUCCUCGAGCGCCACGGUGGCGUGCCUCCGGGCUCCCUUGGUGGUAAGCGGGCAUUGGCGCUCCAUCUCCAACGCUUGAAACGAGAGGCCCUGGCACCCAUGACCUUCCUUAGCCCCGACGCCCUCCGCAAGUCGCUGGAACCCCGGGUUCGCUUCGCGGGGAUCGUGCAGGGUGUCGUCUCUGAGGCACGCGCAGAUGGAUUGUGGUUUCUGAAGCAUUCUACCAUGGAUCGCAAUGAAGGAGUGACGUGCUACAAAGGCGCCCGGGAGCUGCUGAAGGCCUGGGAGAAGAUGAAGCGGAAGGAGCGCGGACGCUACGUGGCCCAGGCGGAGGUCCAGCGCCCCUUGCUGAUGGAGGGCCGGAAGAUGGUGGUCCGUGCUUACGUGAUCACGCUGCCGGGCGGGCGCUGCUUCAUGAACCGGGAGCUGCUUCUCAAAGGUCAUCCGAUGUCCUACGAUCCAACCGAUCCCGAUCCACUUCGGCACGUCAUCUCGUGCGUUAAGUACGAUGGGGUGGUGUCGAUGCGCGGCACUGGGUGGACACACUAUGAGAAGGUCUGGCCGAAGCUGGCGAAGAUGAUGACGACUGUGCUAAGCCACGUGGAGGGUGCAGGGAAGGUGCCCUUCGCGCUUCCGGACGACACGCUGCUGGACCUCUUCUGCCACCGCGUGGUGCAGAAAUACCAGGAUCUCCUCGACUGGAUGCGCUGGGGGAGCAAAGCGGGAGCUCUUCUCUACAACUUCAUGGGGGCCGACAUCAUCGUAGACGAGGACCUGAGGCCCUGGCUCAUCGAGCUGAACCCGGGCCCAGCCAUGGGCUUCGACCAGCGGGAUCCGCAGGCGACGCAGCUCCGCGCCGAAGUGAUGGAGGAUCUCUGCGAAUUUCUACUGGACCCGCUGCUGCGCAGCGUGCAGGCGGCCGCGAAGAGCAAGGAGGAUCGUGCCAGGUGGAGCUCCGUCCGCAAGGUGCCCAUGAAAACGUCCAAGUCGGAGCAGCCGAUCAAAUGCAUGGCCUGCCCGAACUUCGAGGCUCCGGACCGCGAGGCCUACCGGGUACACUGCGCCACAGAGUGGCACAAGUACAACACCACGCAGCGGAUGAUGGGAAGGCCGACCCUGACGGAGCAGGAGUAUAACGAGAAAUUUGCGCCGGCUCCUGCGGCCGCGGAACCGCCGGCCGAGGAAGCCUUGGCUCCUGAGCCUUCCCAGGCCGACCAGGAGGAGGCCGAGAAGGUCUCCGUUUGUAUAGUCUUCCACCACAAAGAGGAGAAAUGGAGCCACAUCUUCAAGAUCCCCAAAGGCGCCAGCGUCAUGGACUUGAAGAAAGCCAUGGUGAAGCCGGACAGCCCGGAGGAUGAUGCCGAGGGCCCAGAGGAUAUGUUUCUGUCAACGUCCAUACAUUCUUCCGGGCCGUUGUGA